GGCUUGCGUUGUUCAGCAGCAAGAAUGAAGCACAUCAAUUUGUCCUUUGCAGCCUGUGGGUUUCUGGGCAUUUACCACUUGGGGGCAGCAUCUGCACUUUGCAGACAUGGCAAAAAGCUGUUGAAGGAUGUCAAGGCCUUUGCUGGCGCAUCUGCUGGAUCCUUGGUUGCUUCAGUUCUGCUAACAGCACCAGAAAAAAUAGAGGAAUGUAACCAGUUUACCUACAAGUUUGCUGAAGAAACUCGAAGGCAGUCUUUGGGGGCAGUUACACCUGGUUAUGACUUUAUGGCCAGAUUGAGAAGUGGAAUAGAGUCAAUUCUUCCAUUCAACGCACAUGAGCUGGCCCAGAAUCGACUGCACAUAUCCAUCACUAACACCAAAACCAGAGAAAAUUACUUGGUCUCUAAGUUUUCCUCCAGGGAAGACCUCAUUAAGGUGCUCUUAGCUAGCAGUUUCAUGCCCAUUUAUGCAGGACUGAGACCAGUGGAAUACAAAGGACAGACAUGGGUGGAUGGAGGCCUCACCAACAGCCUUCCCAUCCUACCUGUGGGCCGCACAGUGACCAUCUCUCCCUUUAGUGGACGACUGGACAUCUCCCCACAAGACAAAGGGCAGCUGGACCUGUAUAUUAAUAUCACCAAUCAGGAUAUAAUGGUGUCCCUGGAAAACCUCAUUAGGCUUAACCAAGCCCUUUUUCCACCAAGCAAGAGGAAAAUGGAAUCCUUGUACCACUGUGGUUUUAAUGAUGCCAUUAAGUUUCUACAUAAAGAAAACUGGUUUGAAUAAAACCCUUUAAAGUUUGUAAU